UGGCUCAGCCCUUGAGUUAGGGGCCUGUUUUCUGACUCAAUGAUUGAAAAAGUAGAAAAUGUCUUUACGAAAACCCUGAAACUCCUCAGAAAUCCUGGAUCAGUGUCACUAAAGAACACUUUAAAGGACGUCUGGCUCAUCGUCCUGUCUCUGCUCUUCCCCCCGUAGCUUUCAAACUCCAGAUCCCUGUCUUCCCCACUCAAGAGUAUCUCUUCAUCUCGGAGACUAAAUGCAACUGGACCCGGGGGCUGGCGGGCAUGAAGUGGCUGGGCGAAUCCAAGAACAUGGUAUUAAAUGGCAGACGGCACGGCAGCAAGUUGACCAGCGAGCAGCCGGCGGGCCAGACGCGCUCCUCGCUGCGCCACAGCAAAAGCCACCCGAGGAGCCGCCGAUGUAGCCGCAGGUGCAACGCCGCCAGUCUUGAGGCGGAGCGGCGCUACGUGCCGUCUUCGGGGAUGACCGCCAAGGAGCUGUGCGAGAACGACGACCUGACCACCAGCCUCAUCCUGGACCCCUAUCUGGGCUUCCAGACCCACAAAAUGAACACCAGGUUUCGACCAAUCAAAGGCAGGCAGGAGGAGCUGAAGGAGAUCAUCGAGCGCUUCAAGAAGCACGACAACCUGGAGAAGGCCUUCAGAGCCCUGACGGCGGGGGACUGGUGCCGGAACCUCUUCCUCCACAAGUCCAAAGCCCAGGAGAAGCUCUUCAAGCAGCAUGUGUUCGUCUACCUGCGCAUGUUCGCCACCGACAGCGGCUUUGAGAUCCUCCCUUGCAACCGCUACUCGUCCGAGCAGAACGGCGCCAAGAUCGUGGCCACAAAGGAAUGGAAGAGGAACGACAAGAUCGAGUUCCUGGUGGGCUGCAUCGCCGAGCUGUCGGAGAGCGAGGAGAACAUGCUGCUGCGGCACGGCGAGAACGACUUCAGCGUCAUGUACUCCACGCGCAAGAACUGCGCCCAGCUGUGGCUCGGCCCGGCCGCAUUGUCGUCCGAACUGCAAGGUAGGCGGCGGGCGGCCUGUGGCGGCGAGCCGGGGGGGGCGGCGGCGAGCUGGGCGGCGGGCGGCGGCGAGCCGGGCGGCGGCGGGACGCUAACGGCUGUGACUCUGUUUCAGUUCGUGUCGACGGGCCGGGACACGGCCUGCGUGAAGGUCCUGAGGGACAUCGAGCCGGGAGAGGAGAUCUCCUGUUACUAUGGAGACGGGUUCUUUGGGGAGAGCAACGAGUACUGCGAGUGCUACACCUGUGAAAGACGUGGAACUGGUGCGUUCAAGUCCAAAGCCGGGCUGCCGGUGGAGGUGCCGGUCAUCAACAGCAAGUACGGCCUGCGGGAGACCGACAAGCGGCUGAACCGGCUGAAGAAGCUGGGGGAGGGGCCCCGGGGCUCGGACCGCCACUCGGACCGCCACUCGCCGGGCUCCCACGCCGAGCUGGACUCUCAGGAAAUGCCAAAAACACAUCAGUGUAGGUUUUGCUUCUGUUCUGCUUUUAUUCCGUUCUGCCUCUGUUCUUCUACCGACAGCGUUUCCGCUUUGUCCUCCUCAGCUGCCAGGAAACGGACGCCGCCCUCGGCGCCGUCGCCGGCGUCCUCCGGCCUGAAGUUCAAGAGCCGGACGCCGAGCCGCCCGGCGCUGCCGCCGGCCCUCUCUACCUCAUGCUCCAAACCGGGCCGCGGGGGCAGCAACAGGGUACCAAAGAGACUCCGCUCCCAGCCCAAGCCUUCGCUCAGCAGGGUGCAGCUGCGCAGCCGGCGGCGGGGGGCGGAGCCUAAGGCGGGGGCGGCGCCGUGCCCGCUGGGUCUCAGGGACUCCAAGGUGUCGCUGUGCAAAGGCGACGCCGUCAAGAAGGAGAAGGACGGCGCCGAGCUGGCGCCGCAGACGCCGGCGCAGCGGGGCUGCCUCACCCGGCACGCCGCCCGGGAGAACGGGAGCCUGCCCGCCGCGCCGGGCGCCGCGGGGCCGGGCGCCACCUCGCCGGGCGCCGCCGCACGCCGCUGCGCCGGCUACAGAACUCGCAGGUCCACACGGGCGCUGGGAAAGGACCCGGCCGCCGGCGUCAAGCUGGAGCCGCGGGCCAUGGACGGCCUGAGCCCGGUCCCCGGCGGCGUGGUCAUCAAGACCGAGCCCGCCGACAUGGAGGAGUACCUCCACCACGCCCUGGCGCUGCCGGCGGCGCCGCUGGACGCCGGCGCCGCCCGCAGUGGCUCCUGCUCGGGCCGGAAGCAGCUGACCCGGCUCCGGGCCGACCGGACCAUCAAGCGCGAGGGCUCCAACGGCGAGCCCUUCCCGGGCCACGCCCCCGGCUUCUCGGAGUGCGGCGGCGUGCUGCUGGGCCUCGCCGACCGGCACAGGGACUACGGCGGCGUGGCCAACGGCGCCAAGGCGCUGCGGCGCGACAAGGCCAAGAAGAAGCGGCGCAUCACGCGCUACGACGCCCAGCUCAUCCUGGAGAACAACACGGGCAUCCCCAAGCUGACGCUGCGGCGCCGGCGGGACAGCAGCGGCAGCAAGGCCGCCGACGCCGGCGAGCACGCCGCCGCCGCCGCCGCCUCCUCCUCCAGCAAGAUCAGCAUCAAGUUCAGCAAGGACCACGACCAGGACAAGGCCGGCUCCUACAUCGCCAAGCUGAACAACGGCUUCGGCGCCGGCGUGCACGCCAACGCCACCAAGCUGAAGAUCCAGCUGAAGCGGGAGGACGACGCCCGCCGGGCGCCGCACGCCAAGAUGGAGGCCUACAACGGGGACGCGGCCCAGAGCCUGGAGGCCCGCAACGGCGGCCACCGGACCCAGAAGGUCAUGGCCGAGCCCUCGUCGUCGUCGUCGUCGUCGUCCUCGGAGGAAGAGGAAGAGGAGGAGGAGGACGGCGAGGACGAGGAGGACUACUUUGACAACGAGUUCGAGGACGACUUCAUUCCACUUCCUCCCGCCAAGCGGCUGCGGCUCAUCGUGGGCAAAGACUCCAUAGACAUCGAUAUCUCCUCCAGGAGGAGGGAGGACCAGUCCCUGAGGCUGAACGCCUGA